AUACACGUGGGGGCGUGAAAACGAUGGGCGUGUCUAGAGGAGUGGUUUUGUAACGUCGCGCGUGGAAAGAGACACUCAAGGAUGGCCAAAAGGACGAAGAAAGUAGGCGUUGUGGGCAAGUAUGGAACGCGUUAUGGCUCCUCGUUGAGAAAAAUGGUGAAGAAGAUCGAAAUAUCUCAACACGGAAAAUACAUCUGCUACUUCUGUGGAAAGGUUAGUCGGCAGAAGAAUGGGACACGGCUGGUGCGCGUUUACUGGAGUAAUUUUGCAGAACUCGAUGAAAAGAAAGUGCGUGGGCAUCUGGCAUUGCAACAAGUGUCAGAAGGUUAUUGCAGGCGGAGCAUGGGUACCAAGCACAACCGCAGCUGCAACUAUUAGGAGUGCGAUCCGUAGACUCAGGGAGAUGAAGGAAACAUAAACACUCUUGUCCGUCGCAAAUUUCCUUGUCUUUGUAAUAUAAUGUGACAAGUUUUCUGACAUGA